AUGGCUAAAGCCAGGGAGGUUUUCGAGUCUGGAAUCACAUUGCCAAUUCGUUUCCGUAAGGAACAAUUGAGAGCAUUGCACAAGUGCAUGGAGGACAAUGCCGAUGCAAUCGCAAAGGCAUUGUACAAAGAUUUUGGAAAGCACCCAAAUGAGGUUCAGCUCGCUGAGGUUGGCGGUGUCCAAAAGGAAGCUGCUGCUAUGCACGAUCGUCUAGAUGCUCUUGCUAAAGAUGAAUAUGUGCCUACGGAAUUCAUAAAUGCUAGCGAUCGUGUGCACAUCACCAACCAACCAUUCGGUGUGGUUACCGUCAUCGGGCCCUGGAAUUACCCUGUCAAUCUGGUGUUGAACCCUCUGGUUGGAAGUAUUGCUGCAGGAAACGUUACUGUUAUCAAGCCUUCCGAGGUCACUCCCCACACCGCAGCUGUCUUGGGACGUAUUCUUCCCAAAUAUCUCGACCCUCGUAUCGUAUACUUUGUACAAGGAGCUGUGCCUGAGACAACUGCCUUGUUGGCUGAGAAAUCUGACUUGAUUUUGUACACUGGGAACGGUGCUGUCGGAAAGAUUGUUAUGGCUGCAGCUGCCAAGCACUUGACCCCAGUAGUUCUUGAACUAGGGGGUAAAUCACCAGUCAUCUUGUGUGAAGACUCUGACUUGACUAUUGCUGCUCGUCGUAUCAUGUGGGGCAAGACUCUCAAUGCAGGCCAGACAUGCAUUGCACCCGACUACGUCCUCUGCCCAGCCAACCUGCGCGACAAGUUCGCCGCUGAAUGUGCUAAAGCUGUAGACGAAUUCUUGGGUCAAGACCAUGCUGCUUCUCCCGAUCUUACCAAGAUUGUGAACAAGCAUCACUUUGCCCGUUUGAGCAAAUUGUUGACCCGCCAAUCCCAAGUCGCCUCAUCCAAAGUCGCUGUUGGUGGUAAAUCAAACGAAGCUACUCGUUUCUUCGAACCAACUGUCGUUGUUGGUGUAAAGCCUGAAGAUCCUCUCAUGGAGGGUGAAAUAUUUGGACCCAUCUUGCCAAUUGUAGACUGCGCCAACGUAGACGAAGCAAUCAAGUUCGUCAACGCUCGCGAUCGUCCUUUGGCGCUUUAUGUCUUCACUAAGAGUGAAAAGGUCAUUGACCGAGUCAAGCGUGCUACCUACUCUGGUGGCUUCUUGGCAAACGACGUAAUUAUGCACAUCAGCCCACAAGAAGUUCCGUUUGGAGGAAUCGGACCCUCAGGAAUGGGCAACUACACUGGAAAGUACUCCUACUAUACCUUCACUCACAGGAAGGGAUCCAUGAUCAAGGCACAGAACAUGGAAUUCGUCAACCAAAUACGAUACCCACCUUACACUGAUGCCAAGAAGAAUUUCAUGGCAUUCAUGUUGAGCGCCAAGCCUACCAGUGAUACUCAAAAGUUUAUCAAUGGUGCUUUGUACUAUCUUGGAGUGACUGCUGUUGCGUUCCUUGCUUACAAGGGUGUACAAACUUACCUCAAGAAGUAG